AUGAAGCUGCCUUGGCGCUUACUUUGCUUUACUAAAACCCACCGUUCAGCUAGAAAACCUCAAUUUACCAGAUGCCAUUCUUCUGAUUCGAGAGCUAUGCACACCAUACCACGGCAAUCCCAAGAUUGGAAUAUACAUGAUGAGUUCUUCCAAUUUACCCGAGGACGCUUUGUCAUUGAUGAAAAGGAACAGCUUUCCAAACGGCACGUUCGGUUCAACAUGAACGAAUUGGCACAGGAAGCUGCGAAAGCAGUUGGUGCAAAGUAUUGUAUCAAUGUCGAAAAGUGCGCCGAUGGAAUGUUCAACAAGGCGUAUAUAUUCACUCUUGACAACGACAAACAAGUCAUUGGGAAAGUUCCAAACCCGAAUGCCGGUAUACCUCACUAUACCACUGCUAGUGAGGUAGCAACACUUGACUUUAUGCGUAAUGUUCUGAAGACGCCUACUCCAAAAGUGUAUUCCUGGAAUUCUCGAAAAGAUAAGGGAAACAAUGUAGGGGCUGAAUACAUCAUCAUGGAAAAGUUUGAUGGGGUCCAGCUAGGACAGGUGUGGCCUUCCCUAGAUCCAUCAGACAAGAUGAAGAUAUUUCUCCAAAUAUUCGACUACCAGAGAGUAUGGACUCAGAAAAAAUUCAAUGCAUUUGGGAGCCUCUAUUAUCGCGAUGACUUGGGGGAAUCAAUUCGUAGGCCACUGGCUGACGAAGAAGGCACUCAAAUAAAUGAGCUUGACCGAUUUGCCAUAGGGCCAGCCACAGGACGUGAGUGGUCUGAUGAUGGCCGAAGUUCAUUAACUUGCGACCGAGGUCCAUGUGAGUGUUUCAUUCUCCCAGACGACGCUAAAUUGGUCUUUAUAAUAAUUAUUGCUUGUAAUCAAGGGAAAUCAUUACUUGAAUAUCGGAUAGCAGUUGGACACCGAGAAAAACUAGCUAUUGAAUCUAGGAUAUGUGCUCCGAAACAACUAGCCAUGCUCUAUGGACCAGGACUCUACCGGCCUACUCAAGAAAAGAGACUUGACGCAGUUCAAUGUUACCUCAAGCUUGUUAGCAUUCUUCUUCCCUCUGACCCAUCUUUGGCUAGCGGCCACAUAUGGCAUGAUGAUCUGCAUAGCGAGAAUAUUUUUGUCAGCCCGAAGAAUCCUACCGAGGUAGUCGGGAUUAUCGAUUGGCAAUCAACUCAGAUAUCACCAUUAUUUGACCAUUGCAUGGAUCCUGCAUUCCUUGAGUAUGAUGGUAGUCCCAUUGGAGAUAGUUUGAAGCGCCCUGAGCUACCAGAGAAUAUGAAACAACUAUCCGAAAGUGAGAAAAAUGACACCAUCAAGCAAUACCUAAACAAGUCUGUCAUGGUAGCCUGGCGUAUGCUUGUCAAGAACAAAAACCCUAGCCAGUAUGCUGCCAUGAUGUUUGAGAAUACAACAAAAGGAUACCUGCUUCUUCUUUCUCGUCGUCUCUAUGAACUGGGAGAGCCUCAAUUCCGGGCUUUGUCACUAGACCUGCAGAAAGAAUGGUUGAAGUCCAACGCCAACGAGGAACAAAAAUUCCCACUCUCCUUUUCACCGGAGCAGGAAAUUGAAAUUAACGCAGAUAGAGAACUAUCUGCGUUGAGCUCUGAGGUCAUGAAGAGUAUACAACAACGACUUGGGCGUAUUUGGCCUGACAAAGCUCUGGCGGAACACGAUGAUUAUCAGCAGCUGAAGCCAUUACUUGCCCAGAUAAAAGAGGAGUUGGCAUCCGAGCUCGUGAAAGCCCCCGAAGAAAAGGCAGAAUUCGAAAAAUUUUGGCCUUUCGACUGA